CACAAGAAUACAGAAACAUUUUUCCUGUUCAACCUGUGGUAUGGGUUAUGUACAAAAUCCUUCAAGGCAAACUGGGACAAAACAUAUUCCUGUUCAGGCUACAACAAAAGCUUUUGUGACUACUUGUGCACAUGAGAAGACAUACUUGUGAAAAAGUGUUUUGUUGUAGUGUGUGUAAUGAAAGAGUCUCAAAUCAGUUCCAGGUUACAAAAGCUGUGAAACACUGUCAGUCUGUUUUACUUCGUUAAAAUGCAAACUUGAGGGGAAAAAAGUCUGAAAUGCUGCCGCUCCGUUGUUAGCCCUUAUCCUGGUUAGUCAGCUAGUGUGUUUGUGUUUAGCGUCUUUUAUCUUUCACAUCUUUUGUCCGCUUUCGACUGUGUCACUACUUUUAGUUUACACUGAAAGACUAUUGUCCAUCGUUCAUUCGUGUUGACAUUAGCGCUGUCAAGCAUGUAAUGACACAACCACACCUGAGGGAGGCAGUAAUGCACUCGAAAGUAGCUGUGCUACCGGAAGUCGUAAACAAGGAAAGGAAAACGGUUAGCGGGCAGAGUAGUCUUUUAAGUCGGCCUUUAUACUUUUGUUUGUCGAAUAACAAACUACACGUUAUCAAUUCUUCAUGACAUCAUAAAGUCGUCUCGGUGAACGAUGAAGCUUGUUAGGGUAGCGUCGCUUGUUAGCUGCUAGAAAGGAGACGUGGAAACGCUUUGCGAAGCAGCAAUCAAGUGUGAGUGUAAGGUGCUGUGAUUGUGUGAAUAAUGUGUAAUGUGCAAAUGCUGAAAGCGUUGGUGAAUCAGCGACUAACUGCGGUUGUUGAAGAAAUAUUUGUAGUGUUAGAAAGAACGAUAGCAGAGUACGAGGAGGAACUUUCUCGAGCAAAAGAAGAGCACGCGCGACAACGUCAACUACUGGACACUGUUUUCAAGAAGCCUCACGAGUUACAUCGAGCAGCGUUCUUGUGUUCUGCAGAUGUCAGUGAAGAACAGCAGGUGUGGAGCUCCAGCAUGGAGCCAGAGGAGCCACAGCCCCUCCACAUUAAAGAGGAAAAGGAGGAUCACAGUCAGGAGGAGCUUGAAGUUCUGGAGGAGUUCCCAGAGAUUGUUGUCUCUUUGAAGAGUGAAGAUGAUAAAGACAAAGAUCAAAGUGAGGAGAAGAGAGAGGCAGAGCCUCCAAGCAGCAGCUCAACACAACACAUGACAACCGAUGCUGAUGGAGACCACUGUGUAGGAUCACAAGCAGAAAGCCGCUUAGUUACACUAUUAGAUAGCGAUGACACGUCACAUUAUUCUGACACUGAUGAUGAAGCAUCUAAAACUGAUAUGGCAUGCCACAAUGACAGCACAUGCUGGAAAUGCUCUCAGUGUGACAAAAUUUUUAAUCACCGUAGUUAUCUGGAAAGACACAUGCGGUCGCACACAGGAGAGAAACCAUUCAUGUGCUCAGUGUGCGGCAAAAGAUUCUCGCAGAAAGCAGAUUUGAAAAUACAUACAAGAAUACACACUGGAGAGAAACCUUUUUCCUGUUCAGUGUGUGGUGUAGGUUUUGUACGCAGUCAGCAUUUGAAAAGACACAUGAGAACACACACGGGGGAAAAAACAUACUCCUGUUUAAGCUGCAACAAAUCCUUUUGUGAACGAGCAGCACUUGUAGUACACAUGAGAAGACACACUGGUGAGAAAGUGUUUAGUUGCAGUGUGUGUGGUGAAAAAUUCUCUUACAAGUACCAAGUUAAUAAUCACAAGUGUGCUGGGGAGAACAGCAGUUGUAAAUGAAGCUGCAGGACUUGAACUGUAAAGACUUUGAUAGCUUUGACUUUCAAACAUCACCACAUAUACUGUAUGUGACAUCAUUGUGUGUGUGUGCGUAACACAAUUUUGUUAAUAUGCUUUGACUAUUUAAAUGCAAUAAAAUAGGAAAAAGCUGUGACAGAUUGCCAGUCACUUAUUUCUGCAAUACAAUCUUGACCAGAGUCUGAAAAGCCGCUCUGUUGUUAGAUGUUAGCCUGGUUAGCAAGCCAGUCCGUUAGUGUUUGUUGUCUUUCCUCUCAGCUAGUGUGUUUUCCUGCUAUUGUCCGCUUUCCUUUGUUGUCUUUCCUCUCAGCUAGUGUGUUUUCCUGCUAUUGUCCUUUCCUCUGUCUACCCCCACGUUUUGUUUACACUAAAUGGCUAUUGUCAAUUGAUAAUUUGUGUUUGUAGGUCUAUUUCACUUCAUGGGUCAAGAGUGUAAUGAUACCUCCACACCUGAGGGAGGCAGUAAUGCGCUACGAUGUACUAGCAGCGCUAUACCGGAAAUACUAAGCAAGGAAAGGUCAACGGCAAGAAGGCAGUGUAAUCUAUAAAUCCGCGUUGAUUCCUUGAUUUAUAUGUUUGUAAUUUUGUCUGUGCUAUAACAAACUACACAUUAAAUCUUCACGUUGGAACUUGUCAGACUAGCUUCACUGGUUAGCUGCUAGCAAAGAGACGCCGACGUUAACGCCUCGCUCAGGGGAGUGAAGAGCUGCGAUUGUGUGAACAAUGUGUAAAGUACAAAUGCUGAGAGCGUUCGUGAGUCAGCGACUAACUGCGGCCGUUGAAGAAAUAUUUGUAUUGGUAGAAAGAACGAUAGCAGAGUACGAGGAGGAACUUUCUCGAACAAAAGAAGAGAAUGAGCGACAACGUCAACUACUGGACACAGUUUUCAAGAAGCCUCACCCUGUGUUAUACAGUGCAGACGUCAGUGAAGAAGAUUUUCCCACCAAACAGCAGGAGUGGAGUUCCAGGGUGGAGCAAGGGGAGCCACGGCGCUUCCACAUUAAAGAGGAAAAGGAGGAGACACAGCCCCUCCACAUUAAAGAGGAAGAGGAGGAUCCCAGUCAGGAGGAGCUUGAAGGACUAGAGCAGUUCCCAGCGAUUGGUAUCGUUGUGAAGUGUGAAGAUGAUGAAGACAAAGAUCAAAGUGAGAAGAAGAGAAAGGUGGAGCCUUCAAGCAGCAGCUCAACCCAACACGUGACAACAGAAGCUGAUGGAGACCGCUGUGUAGGAUCACAAGCAGACAGGCUCUUAGCUUCACUAUCAGAUAGUGACGACACAACGUCACACUAUCCCGACACUGACGACGAAGAACCCAAAGCUGAAAUGACACGUCACAGUGACAACACAAGCCGGAAAUGCUCCGAGUGUGACAAAACUUUUUAUGACCGGAGCACUCUGAAAAGACACAUGAGGAGUCACACAGGAGAGAAACCAUUCAUGUGCGCAUUUUGCGGCAAAAGGUUCUCUCUGAAGGCAAAUUUGAAAAUGCACACACAAAUACACACCGGAGAGAAACCUUUUUCCUGCUCGGUGUGUGGUGUAGGUUUUGUACGCAGUCAGCACUUGAAAAGACACAUGAGAACACACACGGGGGAAAAAACAUACUCCUGUUCAAGCUGCAACAAAACCUUCUGUGAACGUACAACACUUGUAGUGCACAUGAGAAAACACACUGGUGAGAAAGUAUUCAGCUGUAGCGUGUGCGAUGAAAAAUUCUCUUACAAGUACCAGGUUAACAAUCACAAGUGCGCUGGUGAGAACAGCAGCGGUAAAUGAAACUGCAGGACUUGAUAAUAUAUUCACUAAUGAUUUGAUGAUAACACUAGUGGUCUGCUAAUUAACGACAUCAGUAAGCAUCUACCAGUGUUCGCAAUUUAGCACCAAACUACAAGAAGAGAAACAAGGAUGACAAAAAUACAUCUCAAAGACUGCACAGAGAAAAGCAUUAAUGAAUGAUCUAAAAGUUGUGAUGGUGGGAUGACGCAUACUAACACACACUAACGCUCUAUGACAGCAAUUCCAAUAAGCAAAAGAAGAGAAAUCAGCCAUGGAUGACAAAGGAAUUGCAAAACGCUUGUCACAAGGAGGACACAUUAUUAAAGGAAAUGUAUAAAGAACUAAAGAAGCAGAAUAUAAGUCCAAGAUGUUUAAAAAAGUAGCUAACGAGUAUGGUAGCAGUGUGUAGGAAAGAAUACCAUGGUCUGUUACUGGAAGAGCAAAAACAUUAGUGCAACCUUGGUUUUCCUCAGCAGCAUCAUCGGGAAUGGUUCUCAGAAGGCAGAUGAACUGUAAAAAAGGACAAUAUGAACAAAAUACUUAAAGGCUUUAAUAAAUACCGUGUAAUUAUUAGACCAAAUCUGGAAGAAAAGGAUCCCAAACUCUUGGAAUAGAAUAGGAAUGGAAGAGACUGGACUCCCAGCUCGAAGUGCCUGACUGGCAUGACAGAUGAGGAAAUCAUUUGUUACAUUUGAUUCAUUUAUUCAGGAGAGUGCACAUUAUUGAACAGUCCAAUACUGUAAAUGAGACGGAUUCUUCUGUGGUGCAAAAACCUGUCAGUCCCGAGUUUGACGUAUUUAGAAAUUGGAGGUGGGACUAGUUCGUGAAGACCUUAGAAAAUGAAACAGCUAUUUUAAAAAUGAAUGCAAUCGUCAAUGUUUCCAAAACAUGGCACUGAUGUAAUGGCAGAGGCUUUUGAUGUAGUAUUUUUAUAAUAUUUUAUUCAUAACAUUUCUAUUGGGUUUAAUAUUGUGAGUGAGCAGAUUGUGAUGCAGUAAUUGUGUGAAAAUAUCAUUUAGCAUAGGAAUAUUUUAGCAGAAUUGGUUGUCAUUUAUACUCUCAUUUGGUUAAAGUUAUGUUGAAUUUGAUUGUGUUUGCCAUGAGUUUGUUGUGUGUGUGUUUUUUUAAUGAAAGUGAAGGGUCCACUGUGACUCUGAGGUACUUCAACUCCUCUACAUUGUCAAGUUCUACAUUCCCGAUGGACACAUUGGUCUGCUCCAGUUUUAUGUUGUUUUUUUUGGUUGGUGGACAUCAUAGAAACUGUUUUCUUUUAGUUGCGCAAUAGACAUGCAGGAUGUAAAGAUCCAGUGUUGUAAGGGGCUGAUGUGAGCAUGGAUCACAAUCACAUUACAUUUGAUAUUGUGAUUAAAUGUGGACACUGAUUGCCAUGGAAUUGAAAGGGAAACGAUAAAAAAAAGUUUAAAAACGUACAAAACUGGUGACAAACACCAAUUUACAAACUACAGACUAGUUUCUUUAUUGCCACAAGUUUCCAAAAUCAUUUAGAAGCUAUUCAACAACAGGUUAGACAAAUAUCUAAUUAUGAAUGAAUUACUGGCGGACAGUCUAUAUGAAUACACAGCUAACAUUUCAACUCCGAUGGCACUAAUCAAAACUUUUUUUUUUUUACCAUCAGUGUUUCCGCUACAUGUAAUUAUUGUGGCGGCCCGCCACUACAAAAUAAAAGCCGACACACCUUAAAAAUUAACUUUAAAACAUCUGUCUAUUUUCUAUACGCUUAUCCUCGCGGUCGUUGGGGCCUAUCCCAACUGACUUCGGGCGAGAGGCGGGAGUACACCCUGGACUGCCAAUUAACCUAAUUUGCAUGAUUUUGGAAUAUGGGAGGAAACCGGAGUACCCAGAGAAAACUCACGCACGGGGAGAACAUGCUAACUCCACACAGAGGUGCCAAAGCGGAGAUUUGAACCAAGGUCUUCCCGAUCUCCUGGCCACCAUGGCUGAGUAAUAUAUUGUAUGAAUGUAUAUACUGUAUAUGCUAUAUAGCUUAAUAUGUACGCACAUAUUGACUACAAUUACUUUUAUAACAAUUUAAAAUAUCAUACAAAUGUUUCACAGCCCUUUAUUUUGAAAACACACACCGGAAUCGCCUGUCUACAGUGUUGGCACUUGCUUAAGUUGCGGACUCGUGGCUGUGCGGCACCAGUGUCUUGUGUUGGUGUUCACCGUGGUCCUUAUUAUCGUGCAAACAAAACAAAAAAAGACCGUAAAUGUGUAGUCAGUUCACGACAGCUUGUCACACGCGAAGCUUGUCUAUACGAGCGUGUGUGUGAUCGUUCGUGUUUCGAUUUCAUUCGACUUUCUGGCGACUUUUUACCCUAGCUACCCCGUAGCUAGCUCGAUCAUGGGCGAGCUAGAAGUGGCUAUCACAUUGAUGCCAACUUACGUUUUGAAGUGUCACUUAACCUUGCUUUCUUGUUGUCGUUAUAAUAGUUAUAGCUUGUCUAAAAUACUAGGUGUAUGGCUAAGUUGUUAAACACCUAGUGUGUCCAUCUUUAAACAGUGAUGCUAUCACAGGCUAGCCAACAGCUAGCUCAUAUGCUAGCGGUAGAUCACCAGCUGAUGUAAUUCACCAAAGAAUAUUGAGUAGUUUUAUAAGUGUUCUAUUCAAACAUUACGCCUGUAUUUUAUGACAAAUGAGCACGCUGAGUGGAGAUGUAUUUUGUAAAUAAACUAUAAUUAAAUGUUUGCAGUUAUAAAAUACCUCACCUCCCUUUUCUUUUUGUAGAGGUAAAGCGAGUUGGAUACAGCUGUCAUAACCCUGGACUCUCAAUUUAUACUCUUUAUACAGGACACAUUUCUUUGAUAAUUGUUUAAAAUUAUUUUGUUAAUAGUGUUAUUUUGAACUAAAAAUAUUUUUUGAACAAUUCGUUUCCCAUGUAUUAGUUUUACUGUAAAACAGGCAUCAGAUUAAAUGUAGGUUUGUGUCAAAUAGUACAAAAUGUGUGGUACUUUUGUACCAAUAGUCACAUCUUAUAACUAAAUAGGUCAGGUAACAAAAAGAGGCUCAACAUUUUAAACUCUAACUUGCUCUCAGCAACUUUGCCAAUAAAUUAACAGUUUUGCAACGUUCUCGGUUCAUGUUCUGCUAGUUGUUGAAAAAUGUUAAGUUAAUAAGUCAUGAAAAAAAUUGUCAUCAUUUUUUUUUUUUUUUUUUUUUAUUGCAGAUGCAGUGGCAGCAGUCCCAUGCAGACCACCACCACAGCUUCAGAAAAUCCUAGGAGAAACCCUGUUACAUAUAUAUGUAUGUGCAUAUAUAUGUGAAUUUCUCUUGGAGAUUAAUAAAGUAUCUAUCUAGCUAACGCUAUAGACCAGACAGUGUGCAGCCGAAGUAUUUAUGAAUCUAACAGAAGCAUUUGACACAAAUCAUACUGUCCUAAAAAAUUAAUUUGAACGGCGUGGCAUCAGAGGGUUGGUUUUGAACUGAUUGAAAAGCUACUUAACAAAGCAAGCUUAAAUAUAUCUUGCGGAGUACUCCAGGGGUCAAUACCGGGACCAAAAUUGUAAGAUGUAAGUAAGAUGUCUAUAUCUGUAAGAAAAGUUAUCUGUCCACUUGUAGAAGCUAGUAAUGUAGAAACUGAACGCCACUGUCAAACUGUUAUUUCAUGAUUCAUUGGAAAACGUGCCCAUGGCUGAAACCUUUUUAAUAUGCUGCCUGCAUUGUCUUUUGCAUAAUAAUGUUCAUUUCUUGAAUAUCUGUCAUGUUUGAUAGCAAAUGCUAACUGGAUGUAAUACAUGAACUGUGUGUCUGAAUGCUGAAUGCUACGUAGCUAUUUUCUGACUGACUGAUAGUACCGGUACUGGGGUUAUAUACACACUAUUGGGGAAUUACAGUAUGUGUAUGUAUAUCUUUAUUACCAUAUUGAAUUCAAUUGUGAACUACUGAAUAAGAUCAACUACUUUGAUUACAAAUACUAAUCAUUAGUAUUGAGUAUAGUAGUUUCAAAGUUUACCAGUUAGCUUUUAUAGGUAUGGUCGAUGUUUUAUACUAAGAGAUAGAUCAUGUCGACUUGUAACUUGCAUGCUAAAAGAGUGAGUGCACCCUUGAUAUACAUGUAUGACGUACAUCAAUAUUCA